AGAAGAAUCACUACUCCCCAACUCCUCUUCCCCUCACCCUCUCACCCCACUACAAACCUACGAUACUCCACGCAUACACACAGUGGAUCCAAUAUGUUCCGGCAAGAGCCAGUGAAACGUCCGCGAGCGAUCGACUCGAAAAAACAUUGGGCGGGAGUAGACAUUGAGCAAUUGUUCUACCCGCACCGUCUAAACUUCUACAAUACCCCUCCUACAAUGGAAAUUACUCUGGAUGAGUUCGAGCAAUGGGCCAUCGACAGGUUAAGAAGUCAGUCACUUUCAUACCCAGAACUUCCCUUAAUAAUUUAGCAACCUGGAUGGUAUGGUGGGGGGCUGAUUUAUGUGGGAUGAUGCACAGUCCUUGGAGAAAUCGAAUCCUGCCUCUACCGGAACAUGACCCCGAAAGAGCUCAGCGUUGCCAUGAAAGAUCCCCUCAAGAAUUUUCUCCCACUCGGGGCGAACACCGCAGUGGGAGGAUCCAAACCCCAGGAUGGCAGAGCCAACAAGCGUCAAGAGGAGCGACGGAAAGACCACUACUCACACUACAUCCUCCGAUUGGCAUUCGCGCGGUCCGAAGACCUACGGAAGAGAUUCCUAGCGACCGAGACGGUCCUCUUUAAGUUGCGGUACAAUAGCGAUGAUGACAAAGAGCGGCGGGAGUUUAUCGAGGGUUUGGGAUUUGAUUGGGAAUAUUUGUCGUUUGAGGAGAAGGCGGCCAUGCGGGAGGACUUGCUUGCUGGAACAGGGACGAAGAGCAACGACGCUGAUGCCGUUUUUGAGGCUACGUUUUUCAAGGUUGAUUGGGAGAGGGUGUACGAUCUUGUUGAUCAGAGGAAAGUGCUUUUGCGUGGGGGGAAGGCAUAUGUACCAGAGUCGCAGCAACCUUCAUUAGUGAUUGCAGAGUUUACGGCGAGGCUGGAGAAGGCACUCGAGGCAUGUUCGCUUCUUCCUAUGCCAAGUACUUUUCCUGUUGCAUGAGAAAUAGAUCUAACGAUAUCAAUACAGCUCACCGCCCGAGCCCUCCCAAGACUCGACGAAGACGACCGUCUAAUCCCCAUCCUAAACCACCUCUCCCGCGGUUUCACAGCGCCAGAAUACAACACCGGCACGAUCGCCACAACUCUCAAUGGCGCCAGCCUAACCGCAGCUGUAAUCGACGAUCUAGUCCAGUACUUUCCCAUGUGCAUGCGGCAACUGCACACCACCCUCCGCCGGGAUAAGCACCUCCUGCACAACGGCCGUCUCCAAUACACCCUCUUCCUAAAAGGCGUAGGCCUGAGCGUCGACGAAGCCCUCACCUUCUGGCGCAAAGCCUUCUCCCGCAUUGACGAUGACGAGUUCCAGAAAAAAUACCGUUACAACGUCCGCCACUCCUUCGGCCUUGAGGGAACACGAAGGAACUACAAGCCCAUGUCCUGUCAGCAGAUCCUAACGGAGAGACGCCCAGCUGCGAACCAGGUCCACGGGUGUCCUUACAGGGAGGUGGCGAUCGACAAUCUGGUCGUAGGACUGGGCACUAUGGGCAUCAGCGAUAGGGACGUUAUCAGACAUGUCCGCGAAGACGUCGAAGCGAAGAAGUACCAUGUUGCCUGCAGUCGCGUGUUCGAACAUACACACGCCAAGGAGCUCAAGCGGGAGAAGGAGGCUAGUGGCGGGUCGGGGAGGCUCACGGAGAAUAUUAUUCACCCGAAUGAGUACUUUAUUCGCAGUUUUGGCCUCAAGAAUCCCGGGAGCGUGGAGGCUACUACCUCUGCUGCCGCCCCUGCUGCUGUUGCCAGCGGUGUAAGCGGGCAAAGUAUGGAGCUGGACUGA